AUGAAGCUCUCAGCACUCUUUUUUGUCGUGGCCUCUGCCUGUACCGUGUUAGCUGCACCCACAUUGGUGAGCGGUGGUUUGGAAGCGAGAAGCCCGUUGGAGGAGGCUCGUGAGCCUAGUCCUCCAGACUGGAAGCGGAUUGCACAGUCGGGUGGAACUCCCGACUGGUAA